AGACAGGAGGUGGAGAGAGGUAGAGGAUGAACGACAGCGAGAGAGCAGGAGAGGAAAAAAACAUAGGCAGACCCAGCUAACGCCAACACUGUUGGCCUGUCCUCCAGAAACAGAGAUAAAAACAGAAUUACGGUUUUUAUCUUUAGCUAAGAUGCAGCUCCGCGAACACUUCGUCGAGUGUGUUUGAGACUGCAGAAAUGCUGUGCCGGUAGUUAGCUAGGUUACCCGUAAAGACAAAAAGGGCACCUCUCUGAGCAUAAUCUUUGGAUGAGAGUAUCUGUAUAAGCAGCGAAAGCCUCCCGCUGCCGCCUCCUGGUUACAGUAACGGUAGGAGAGGAAGGCUGACUACGCGGCCGACAUGAAAUUCACAGAGCAUCUGUCAGCUCACAUCACCCCGGAGUGGAGGAAGCAGUACAUCCAGUAUGAGGCUUUCAAAGAGAUGCUGUAUGCUGCUCAGGACCAGGCCCCGUCUAUCGAAGUCACAGAUGAAGAUACUGUCAAGCGGUACUAUGCCAAAUUUGAGGAGAAGUUCUUCCAGAUGUGUGAAAAGGAGUUGGCCAAAAUCAACACCUUCUAUUCUGAGAAGCUGGCAGAGGCUCAGCGGCGAUUUGCCACGCUGCAGAACGAGCUACAGUCCUCGCUGGAUGCACAGAGGGAGAGCUCAGCCAGUGGGCGGGGCCUGAGGAGGAGGAAGACGGUGUUUGCCUUGUCACAGCAGGAACGAUGCAAGCACAGGAACAUAAAGGACCUGCAGCUGGCCUUCUCAGAGUUCUACCUCAGCCUUAUACUGCUGCAGAACUAUCAGAACCUGAACUUUACGGGUUUCAGGAAGAUCCUGAAGAAGCACGAUAAGAUCUUGGAGACAUCGAGGGGAGCCGACUGGCGGGUGGCCCACGUUGAAGUAGCUCCGUUUUACACAUGCAAGAAGAUCACCCAGCUCAUCUCUGAGACUGAGGCGCUGGUCACCACAGAGCUGGAGGGUGGUGACAGGCAGAAGGCCAUGAAGAGGCUGAGGGUCCCUCCGCUUGGAGCUGCACAGCCUGCUCCUGCCUGGACCACCUUCAGAGUCGGCCUUUACUGUGGAGUCUUCCUCGUCUUAUUGGUCGUUGUGGUCAUUACAGUAGCUGUGGGGACAGAUCGUUCUGAUGUUUGGCCUAUGGUCCGAAUCUACAGAGGAGGCUUCCUGUUAAUAGAAUUCCUCUUCCUGUUAGGCAUCAACACCUAUGGCUGGAGGCAAGCAGGCGUCAAUCAUGUGCUCAUAUUUGAACUGAACCCCAGAAACAACCUGUCCCAUCAACAUCUGUUUGAGAUUGCAGGUCUGCUGGGGGUGCUGUGGUGCGUAAGCCUGCUGUCCUGUCUCUUCAGCGACAAGAUCCUGGUGCCGAUGCAGGCCAACCCUCUGGCUCUCUAUGGGCUCUUCUUCCUUUUCCUCAUCAACCCCUUCAAGACCUGCUACUACAAGUCACGCUUCUGGCUGCUCAAACUUCUGUUUCGAGUGGUGACAGCUCCGUUUCACCGCGUUGGCUUUGCAGACUUCUGGCUGGCUGACCAGCUCAACUCUCUGGUGGUGGUCCUGAUGGACCUGGAGUACAUGAUCUGUUUCUACAGCUUUGAGCUGGACUGGACCAAACACAACGGGCUCAUCAGCAGAGGUAAAGAUGUGUGCAACUCGUACUCGUAUGGCGUUCGAGCGGUGAUCAAGUGUCUUCCUGCGUGGUUCCGAUUCGUCCAGUGUCUGCGCCGUUACCGUGACACCAAGCGGGCCUUCCCUCAUCUGGUUAAUGCUGGCAAAUAUUCCACCACCUUCUUUGCUGUUACCUUCUCCGCCCUCUACAGCACACACAAAGACGCAGGCUCUGAGGCCCAGAUCUUCUUCUAUUUGUAUAUUGGCUGUUCGGUGGUGAGCUCGUGUUACACUCUGGUCUGGGAUCUGAAGAUGGACUGGGGACUGUUUGACCGCAGCGCGGGAGAGAACACCUUUCUGAGAGAGGAGAUAGUCUAUCCACACAAGGGCUAUUACUACAGCGCCAUAGUAGAGGACGUGCUGUUACGUUUUGGAUGGAUCUUAACGGUCACCGUCACCACACUCGUCCCGUUUGACGGCAUCUCUGACAUCUUUGCUACAGUCCUGGCUCCACUGGAGGUCUUUAGGCGCUUUGUGUGGAACUUCUUCCGCUUGGAGAACGAACAUCUGAACAACUGUGGUGAAUUCAGAGCUGUCAGAGACAUCAGCGUGGCUCCGCUCAACGCUGACGACCAGACCCUCCUGGAGCAGAUGAUGGACCAGGAGGAUGGCGUGAGAAACCGACAGGGCAAGAAGAGCUGGAAGAGGAGCUACAGUAUGAGUCUGCGCAGGCCACGUCUGGCCUCGCAGUCCAAGACUCGUGACACCAAGGUUCUGAUAGAGGACACGGAUGAUGACUCCUGACAUCAGGCCACGCCCCUCGCCUGGGUCCAGAAUUUAUUCAAAGGAGGAAACUCCACCUCCUAACUGAGGAUUUACCCAGAGAGUGGGCGUUGAGCUCCCAACCAGGAAUGAGUUUGAAGCUCGUACCUACGUCAUCUUGUUUUUCUCUGCUUGGGUUCAGGACUGCUCGGACGGAUGAACUCUGACCUCUUAAACAAACAACCCAGCUACGUGUCCAACCUGCUGUCAACAAUACCCGAUGGUGGGCUUAUCACUUAAACUGUACUUUACCCAGGCAGCCUCCCAGAGGUGGAUUCUUAAACUACACCCACUCCUCCACCGCUGCUCGGGCUCUUCUCAAAGCCUCAGCAUAGCAUGAGUGAAACACCAGUGACAUUUUCCAUUUUCCAGUGCCGUCUCAGUGCCACACCACUCCCAUACAGGGAGAGGCCAACAAUUUAACCCUGUUGCUGUCCUUUAGCCAUCAGCAUCCCCCGCUCCCAGCAUCCAGGAAACGACUGGGCAGAGGCCUGUAGUAAAUUAUGUAGUAUUGGUAGCUGAAGAAAUUAGAAACCACCCUGUACUUUGCACCUCGGAAGGAAAACAAAACCGAUUUCCACAACAGGGGUUAAAAUGAGCCCUCCUCCUCAGCAGACGAUGCUGACGAACAUCUGGUAACUGUGGCUUCCCUGUGCUGUUCAGCUUGAUCACUCAGUCAUCACAGAGCUGCCUACCUGCACCUCACAUGCUUUAGAAACAUGCACUUUGUAGGAGCGUGAGAUGGAAAGCCUAUCAUGUCUCGACACACGGACGGUGAUGUUAGUGUGUUUCAUCGUUGUUGGACGUGCAACGCUCAGCCAUUAUUCACUAUAAGGAGACAGAAACGUGGCUUUUUCUUUGUACCUGUUGUUGUAAAUGUACCACGGACCAAAGUUCAGUGUGUGUGGAAAUAUUUAGUGAGUACCACACAGAAAACACACUGUGGAGUGCUGCCGGCUGUUCGGCUGUGGAGCUCAGAAGGAAUUUUCCUUUUGCUUUUGAAGGAUGAUGAACGACCAUCAUCCUGUUGUAAUUCCCACUCACCCUGCCCUCAGCUGGGAAAUGGUCCUGUUUGAAUGUACAUCACAUUAUUUGUAUAGGUGUAAGUGGGAGAUCUGCCACCUCAUUGGUUUGAAGAAGAACAAACUUUUAUGUUGUCCCCUGAAAUCGAGAUUUGAAAACCUGAAGACUGUUUGAGUAGAAACAUGUCGUCUUUAGGCUGGUUCACUGAAAUAUGAGGGUGGAGGCGAAGGGAGAGGUCACCUGUCUGUCAUCAUUGUCUGUCUAUCAGCAGGUGGUGUACUGAAACGUGAUUGGCUACGUGUAUGCUAACUUGGGUGUGACUGGGCUGAAGCUUGACAGUAAGAAGUAACGCUCUGAAACAAAGUCGGUGUGUUCAGCACAAAGCUGUGAGUCUUAAGAAGAAACAGUCUUAGUUGUUGCCUUAUUGACCUUCCUGCAGCAGUGGAGUGAUUCCUGCGCUCAGACUCGGUUGUGGUUUGUGCACCAUCAUCAACAGGUCGCACACAUCAGUCUGUUUUCACUAAUCGUUUCUGCCUGAUGUUGUGCUUGGGUUGUUUCUUCGAGACGGGACAACACUGGAGGAAAGGCUUUCCUAAACGUUGCUCGAUGAUCGGUUUCUCUUCACGUUCCAGAAAGUCGUCAGCUCCCUUUUGCUUCGUGCUUGGAUGACAUCGCGUCUGAUGACAGCAAAGUGUUGGAUUCUCAUUGUUGCUGUUUGUGUUUUCAUGAGGCGGCUGUUCAUUUUAUGCAUUAUACUUAGUUUUAAUGUUGUAUGGAUGCAUUUGGAAGUCCUGGCGUGUGAUGGCGUAAGUCUUGUGUGCGCUCGUUUACUUUUCUCUGUGGAGCCUCGUUGUGAUAUUUCUGUUCUGCUGUAUUUGCCUCAGUACGGAGUUGGACUGGGGCUCUUUGAAUCCUCACAAUGCAUCCAAAUACAUUUUUGUGUCUUAAUGUUUUACAUUUGGGAAGUUCUGAUUUGGAUCCUGUCGAGUCAGACUGAAACGUGUUUAAGUACUAAUGCUAACGUCUUUAAUCCUCAGUUUAUUUCUCACCUGAAAUAAGAAGCAUGCUAGCGUUAGGCUAUCGCCGUAUAACAACAUUCCCAUAGUUUCCGUUUUUUCCUUAUUAUUGAGCUAAAAUAAAGACAAAUAGAUUCCAUAGUAUAUAAAGUUUGUACGUCUGAUGCUAAUUAUCAUUUAUGAUCACGAUCGUACACACACUGCCUGAGAUUUGUCCACCACAUUAAACAUGAUUCAACUUCCAGUCACCAGAUUAACAAACAGAGCAUGCUCCCUGAUUGGUCGGUGAGUGCUUCCUGUUAGUUGUCAUGUUGCUAUGUGACUUCCUUGUGAUUGCCAGGGUUGCUCGCAGUUUGCGUGGAAUAUGCUGACUGUGGGAAGUGUGUCCCAUCUGGAAUUGGAGAACUUUUUCCUUCAAAGUAAAAGCUGCGCCUCGACACAUUUAAGGUGCAGCUAUUACUCUGAAGGUGAACGUUGUGUUUCCAGUCGCACUGUUCACAUUAUCUGUUCUGCAGGGGGCGUGGUCAACACGUGUGUGCAGACACGUCAGCAUCUUCCAUGCAAACAGCAGACUAACAAGCACUACAUACCUGUGACCAGUUUCACCAACCAGGUGGUGACCUGAUGUUCAUCUGACCCGACCGUGUCAUGACAGGCUGUCACCACAUGGUCACUUUUUCCUUUUCAGCAGCUUUUUAUGAAAUGAAACAGUAAAAAUGAUCUGCAGAGACCAUCGCUGUGUUAGAGGAAAUGACUGAGUGUUAGGUGUUAGCUUGUGACAGGAGGUGUAAUGGCUGCUUCAUCCAGACUGACUGAUUUUGGUGCAUCACUUUUAAAAUGCCUCCGUGUAGCUGACAGUCCAGGAUUGGACCAGGAUAUGAUGCUUCUGUUUCCAAACUAAAACAUGGAGCUCUGACAGGUUUGAGUAGUUGGAUGUGUGUAUAUGUAACAGUGUUCAUACUGGGUCUAUAAAUGUGGAGUCAAAAUGACCUGACGGUGCGUUUCCCUACAUCCUGUGUCUGCUUUCAGUUUCAGCGAGCGCUCCGGGAGCUUUUCUGCUCAUUCCUCACUCACACAUUCGUGCACUCUAACAUUCCCACAGUGACCAUUUGAAAACCUCGUUUCCUGAUACGUUUCCAAGCAUGUGGCUGUCUGUAGCUCGAGCUCAGGGUUCAUGUCCGUCACAGACACACUGAGCGUGACAGGGUCGUCCUCGGGUCACCUUUUCAUCAAAGAGCAGCACAUGUUCGUCCGACACAGUCGCUCCACCCAAAGACGAGUCAGUCCUGUGUUUGUACUGUUACUUUGUAGCUCCUCAGGUUUCACAUUGACACACAAAUACAGUAAAGCCAUCAAUGCAUUGUGAACAGUGUGUUUCACAUUGGCAGGAGAGUGGGAGACACAAUGUGAUGAAGAUUUUGUACUCAGGAUAUUGUGAGCACACUUGCACCUUAACAUGCUAAUGCCUCCCGACUGCCCGCAGCCCCCCAUCACCCUGUGUGCCCUUUCAGUCUGUUUGUUUCCUGCGUGGAUGUACUCCGAAGGAGUCUGCAUCCAAGUCCAGGUAAUGGACCAAAUAACGUGGUGUGAUGCAGAAAGUCUAUGUUGGGCUUCUUUUCAUGUAUUUACAUUGAAUGCUUCAGUUGCUUCAUGAUUUCAGCUGCAGGCAGGCUGACUUGGCUGUAGCUUUAUUUUACACUCCUGUAAGCCUGUGAGACUUUAAGUAGAAAGGGUUUGAUGUUAUGACAGACAGGUGACGCCCUCCACCCUGAUGAAGCUGCCCAGCAGUAGAGUGUAGGCCUGGGUGUCAGACUUCACUAUGAUGUUAGGAUUGUCAGAAACGUGCCACUAAAAGCCAAAUCGAAUGUUUGAUCUAGUUUGUGAUUUUUCCCUUUUUUUGUUCACAUAUUUUAAUCCAUGUUGAAAUUUAAAUGUUAAUUUUGGUCAAAAUGUUUUGGAUGACAUUUAACAUUUGAUAUGUUUCACGGUUCAAAUAAAACGUUGUAUAGAGACCUGUGUUAAUAUUUCAAUACCUCACCGAGUGGGAGAGUCGAUAGCCUAGAACGGUGGAAUCUGCUGUUUUUGAGAAUGUCUGAACCCUCAGUGAUUUCCCAACAUUUCACACUGUACAGCUGACUCUGAACAACAUGUCAGUAAAAGGAGAUCAAAGUUCAAAGACUUGAGAUUUGUUGGUUUUCUCCUGGGGAGGAAAAUGAGGUCGUGUCUACACAAUAUUAGCUGGUCACUCUGUCAGGUAUUUUCCAUCAUCUUGGCCAAGAGCUAUGUUGUGUUAGGUGUGCUCUUUGACCAUAUACUGUAUAUAACAGAAGCAUGUAACCUCUACAGUUAGUGAAGCAUCACUUCCCCAUUCACCCAUUUUCUUAUCCUCUUGUCCCACCUGGGGGAGGUCCAUAACUGGGCUAAAGGUCAUUAGCUUAGCUUAGCAGCCAGAUGUCACAUGGACCGAGGGGUGAUGCACACUCAGACAGUAGUGACUUAUAAGUCACACAGUAAGACAUGCCUGGAUUUAUCUUCCUCCUGGAUUCUAAUUGAGACCGUGAUGAAAAAAACGAAUCUCGUUUUGUAUUCGUCAGUGUGUGAAACUAGCCACUGGGACCAUGAACUCAUCAGGAAAAUGUUUACUGUGGUCACAGAUCGAGCCAACUGGGAGCCCUUUAAAGAUGGAUGUAGCUACAGUGAUGUCACCCUGUGCAGCCAACAGUUCUUCACUUUUCCUGGGCCAUCUUGGUUUGCAAAAAACCUGAGGCGGGGGUGGGGGGUUCUGAUUGUCAUCAGCCCAUGAUAACACACUUUGAAACGUAGUAUGACCAAGAUUUGCAAACUAAACUUUUUUUUUUUUUUUAUUACAUUUGACCCAAAAGGAGUGAAUGAGAUCAUAAACUGGGUAUGAAGGUGUGUGCAGAGGUGAAGACCGCCACUUUCCCAGAGUUCUGUAGGUCUGGGAGGCUUUUUGCAACCACAGCUAUCGCCAUCUGGUGGCCUAAAAUAGAAUGCAAGUUUUUAAGCACUUCUGCUUUAGCUUAAUUUUUCUGACACAGAUGCCAUGCCCAGGUUUCAUCUGUCUAGAGUCAGAUGUGCUGCCAGUGAAGGAUCGAGGUUUCCUCUUCAUAUUACUGUAUGUCAUCUGGACCCUGCAUUAGACCAGCACACAGAGGAUUCUGUCAAGAGCAACACUUUCAACAGAAUUGAUUGUGAUUGGAUGCCAAGUUGUAAUACUCCUUGAAUUUAAAAGAAACGCAUGAAGAUUUCCUUAUAGUGAAGCAGCACAGCUCGUCACUCCCAGGUGUCUUUUUAGCUGCAGUAACAGGUAAACAGGGUUUUUAUGAAUGAACUUUUGCAAACUCAUUUUCCUGCAGCAACUCUGAGUUUUCUCUGAGGCAUUUAUUCUUCAAGCAGAGGGAUCUUAUUUUUCUCAAAACCUUUCAACAGUUUGGUAACACUCCUAUGAGGACGAUGUGUGUUCUCCAGUCUGCGUGGAACACUGGCUGGCCGGUUCUGUUAGAUCCAUUAUCAUCCUCCAAGAAUCUCCACACCAAUGGGUCCGCAGCAUGGAACAUUGCACAGGACAAAGAUCGAGGGACGUGAUUUGUUUUGCACAUUUGAAUGUAUUUUUACACCAAAAAUGUGCAUUUUUUGGUGUGAUUGGUUAAAAUAUUGAGUGAUCUGAGACACUAACCUUCUAAAUGUGGCACAUGAAGAAGGUUGGCUCGAACUAUCUUGGAGACCAUAUGGAUGAAAUAAGAUUUACACAGGAAUAAAGCCCUAAGUGUGGGUUUUUGUUUGUUUUUUUACAACUGUAAACACUUUUAAUUUGCAUUGUGACCCAGAACCAUUUGGUUUUGCAUUAUAUAUGGAUGAACAUACUCAUUAGAAGCAUUGUAUAAUCAAAGACUGAUCUGUGAGUGUUGUCUUGUAUGUACAGUAGUAGCGUACUGCUACAGGGGCACCUGGUUCACCAACUCCUGUUACAAGUUUUUCAGUAAAAUGAGCUAAAGCUGUAA